UCUUUCUGUCCACACAUGGCUACCACCGCCGCGACGACCAUGGUGGCGGCGGUGCACCACCCCCGCCCCUGCUUCCGCGUGCGCGCCGCCUGGGACAUGAACCCGAGCGCCUCCCCCAAGCCCAAGGCCAAGCCCCCGCCUCCCCCGCCGCCGCCGUUGCCGACCGCCCCCGCCCCCACCCACGCCGACCUCUUCGCCCGCCACAGCAACAGCGAGGGCCAAGUGCCAAAGAAGACCACAAGUAUGGGAUUUGAAAGGUGGUGGUUACCACCUCCGCCAGAGGUGAAGAAGCCCCGUUCGCUCUACAACGCUGCAUCAUUGGCGUACUUGGGGGACUGCAUAUAUGAACUUUAUGCUCGGAGACAUUUCUUCUUUCCACCACUGAGCAUCAAUGACUACAACAAGCGUGUAAUGGAUGUCGUGAAAUGUGAAUCACAGGACCUUCUGCUGAACAAACUUCUUGGAGAAGAUUUUCUAACUCAAGAAGAAAGGGACAUACUUCGUUGGGGAAGAAAUAUUGUUAGCAGCAAGACACGUACCAGAAAACGUGCUGGAAUUGCAGUUUAUAAUCGAGCAUCUUCACUUGAGACACUGAUUGGAUAUCUUUACCUCACAAAUUUCAAGCGCUUGGAGCAAUUGAUGUUCCAGUUAGGAUUUACAAGUGGUGCUUCCUCACAUCAUAUUGCAGAUGAGCUAGUCUCAGGCUUUAAGAAAAAGAACUCCACUUCUGUACAAUCUCAGCAACAAGCAGCGCAGUGAAUAGUUUCUGUAUUGCAGCAAACAUGGUAUGAUCUAAACAAUAGUUAUCUGGUGACCACAACCAGCACAAAAAUUCAUUUAGUUUUGGUGUAUGACAUCCAAAAGUGGUUGCUCAAUGAAUGAAUAGCAAUUACCGUUUGUCUGUCAAACAAGUAUCGAGUGAAUUGAGCAAUGUACAUGUAUGCAAAUAUCAUUCAGUGCAAGAAAAUGGUGUCACUUCCAGGAGGGUGUGGCGGUUCUGAUCUGUAGAUUCUGAGGUGGCAAGCCGUUGUGUUAUUACUACUCAUUAGGUUGAUAUAGGUCGUGGUAUCUUUGACACCUUGUGUAUGAAGGAGCUGCGAAACUGCAAGAUAUGCUGAAUGAUUUGAUGCAGAGUUUUAGCACGACUUCAGAAUUAACCUGUUCUAUGUGCUUCAUGGAUUCAGUGCACUACCAUUAUGAGACAGAUGCCUUUGCUUUGCUGUUUGUUGUGAUCUAAUGUAAACAACACAAUGUGGAAGUAUUUGAGGCCAUAAGAAAAGUGGCAGAGUUGGUAUAAUAUAUUUAAUCUUAAGAACAAA